AUGGUGCACGAUGGGUGGUUGACUGAGCACGGUACUGGUGGUUGUGUAUCAAUCCAAAUAUCUUGUGAUCAAGUGUUGAACCAUGUGGGUAGCUGCUUUUGCGGAAAAGGAAAUUAUAUUCAAAACCUUGGGAAGAAUCUGGUGGCUCUAGAGGAAUCCAUGGAGGACCUCAUGGCUAUGAGAGAAGAUCUGCUACAAAAAGUGCAGAUCGCGGAGGACGGAGGCCUACUAAGGCUUCAUCAAAUCAAGGUAUGGCUCACGAGAGUCGUCACUAUCGAAAACCAAUUCAAAGACCUAAAAAAUGUUGGAAGUGUUGAACUUCAAAGGUUGUGUUUUUACUCUAAUUGCUGCUCUAACUUAAGAUUGAGUUAUAGCUACGGGAGAAAAGUGUUUUUGAUGUUGAAGGAGGUUGAAAAUCUCAAACGUAGAGGUUUUUUUGAAGUGGUGGCUCAGCCAAUUAAGCCAGUUUUGGUGGAGGAGAGACCUAUUCAACCGACAAUUGUUGGACAUGAAGCAAUGCUCAAAAAGGCGUGGAGAUAUCUUAUGGAUGAUGAAGUCAGAAUAAUGGGUUUGUAUGGCAUGGGUGGAGUAGGGAAGACCACCCUUCUCACGCAGAUCAACAAUAGGUUCUGCGACUCCAAUUAUGAGGUUGACAUUAUAAUUUGGGUUGUGGUGUCUAGUGAUCUACAAAUUUGCAAGAUACAAGAAGAAGUGGGCGACAAAAUAGGAUUUAAAGGUGUGGAAUGGAACCGGAAAAGACAGAACCAAAAGGCAGUUGACAUACUGAAUUUCCUAAAGAGAAAGAGGUUUGUGUUGCUGUUGGAUGACAUAUGGAGGAAAGUGGAAUUAUUCGAGAUUGGGAUCCCAAAUCCAACAAGAGAAAACAAAAGCAAAGUAGUAUUUACCACUCGGUCUACAGGCGUAUGUGAGAUGGAAGUCCAAUGUCUGACGACAAAUGAUGCGUGGGAUUUGUUCCAGAAAAAAGUUGGACAAACAACAUUAGCAAGUCACCCGGACAUUCUAAAGAUCGCAAUAAAAGUUGCUGAAAAAUGUUGUGGCCUGCCACUGGCGCUAAACGUCAUUGGAGAAACUAUGGCAUGCAAGAGGACGACACAAGAAUGGAAUCAUGCGGUUUCUAUCUAAACAACAUACGCUGCAAAUUUUAACGCCAUGGAAGAAAACAUUCUUCCAAUUCUGAAGUACAGCUAUGACAAUUUGCACGGUGAGCAGGUGAAAUCAUGUUUCCUCUAUUGCUCUCUACUUCCUGAAGAUUGUCAAAUUUAUAAAGAGGGGUUGAUAGAGUACUGGAUUGGUGAGGGAUUCAUAGAUGAAAAAGAAGGAAGAGAAAGAGCACUAAACCAAGGUUAUGAGAUAAUCGGUACCCUUGUCCGUGCAUGUUUGUUGUUGGAAGAAGGAAGCAAUAAGUCAUUUGUGAAAAUGCAUGAUGUGAUUCGUGAGAUGACACUAUGGAUAACAUCUGAUCUUGGUAAGAAUAAAGAAAUAUGCAUUGUGCAAGCUGGUAUCAGUUUAUGUGAAGUGCCAAAAGUCAAGGAAUGGAGAACUGUAGAAAGGAUGUCUUUGAUGAAUAAUGAGAUUGAAGACAUAUCUGGUAGUCCCGACUGUCCAGAACUAAGAACAUUGUUCUUCCAAAAAUCCGGACUGUCAAACAUAUCGAGUGACUUCUUCCGGUUUAUGCCUAGGCUAGUUGUUUUGGAUCUAUCAAGGAAUCCACGUCUCUGUAAUCUGCCAGAGCAAAUAUCAGAGUUGGGUUUCCUUGCGAUCUUUAACUUGUCAUUUACAAACAUAGAGCGUCUUCCUAUUGGUUUAUAUGAGCUGACAACUAUUAUAAGGUUAAAUUUGGAAUGGAUGAGGAGACUUGAGAGUAUCUCUGGGAUAUCAAAUUUGUCGAGUUUGAGGACAUUGUUACUAGGAUAUUCUGGAGUGUCGCUAGAUAUCAACUUAAUGAAAGAGCUGGAGCUCUUAGAACAUUUGGAAGUUCUAACCGUAGAUAUCAGGUCAAGUUUAGUUGUAGAGCAACUGAUAAAUUCUCCUAGAUUGAUGAGAUGUAUUCAAAUGGUUUGUAUGAAAGAGCUUGGGGAAGAAUCAUUCAUCAUUACUUUACCAACCAUGGAUAAUCUCCAGCAAUCGUUAUAUAUAUGGGGUUGUGGAAUGAAGGAGAUAGAGAUAGAUUGGACAACUUCAUCAUGGAAUAGAAGUUCCACAACUCCAUGCUUCUCUAACCUCGGGAAAGUAAUUAUGAAAUACUGUGAUGGUCUAAAAGAUUUGACGUGGCUGCUUUUUGCUCCAAACCUUACAUAUCUUGUCGUUGAUAACUCAGAGCAAGUGGAGGAUAUAAUAACUGAAGAGAAAUUUCUGAGUAGUAGUAUCAUCAUUAUUCCUUUUAUGAAACUAGAAUACCUUCACUUGUCUCAUUUACCGAAGCUGAUGAGUAUCUACAGAAGACCUCUGCCUUUUCCAUGUUUAAGGGAAAUCCAAGUAAACAACUGUCCAAAGCUAAGAAAGAUUCCAUUGGAUUCUAACAGUGGCGUUGCAAGUAAAGAACUCGUCAUAAAAUUCGUAGAGAAAGAAUGGAUGGAAAGGAUUGAAUGGGAAGAUGAAGCCACGAAACAACAUUUCUUACCUAUGAGCCAAGAAGGUCUCUAA